AGAAAAAGAACGCAAGAAAACGACCAAAGGCAUAUAUCACCUGCUUAAAGAAGAUUCGUGAUGACUUUUACAAACUGUGUUGGUGGUACUGCUAAACUGAACACUGGCUUCUCAAUACCUAUGGUUGGUCUUGGCACCUACAAAAUUGUUGGUCAGGAUACGAUCACCAUAGCUGUUGAUGCUGCUUUGAAAGCUGGUUACCGGUUGUUCGAUACAGCCAAGUAUUAUGUGAAUGAACCAGAGCUGGGCGUUGCCCUCCAAGAACUGCUUCCAAAAUACAACUUGAAGAGAGAAGAAGUUUUCAUCACUACAAAAUUCUUCCUAGCCGAAACAAAUAAUGCCGAGCACGCAAGAAAAAUGCUAGAUGAAUCAUUAAGGGAUCUUCGAACAGAGUACCUUGAUUUAGUCCUUAUACAUUAUCCGAAAGCUGAUAUAAGUAAAAAUGAUGAUCCACGAAAUCAAGAAAAUCGUAAGGACGCUUACUUGGAACUCGAAAAACUGAAAGAUGAACACAAAAUACGAUCAAUAGGUGUUUCAAACUACGAAGUUAAGCAUAUCAAGGAGAUUCGAAAUUUCGGGCAAAUGAUGCCUGCUGUAAACCAGGUCGAGUUUCACCCUCAUUUCACCCGCAAUGAGUUAAGAGAUUAUUGCAAAAGCGAGGGGAUAUUUUUCCAGGCUUAUUCGUCACUGGCUAGGAAUCAUCCUGAUCUUAUGUGUGAUUCCACAGUUGUUGAAAUAGCAAAAAUACAUAACUCAACACCUCAGCUCGUUGUAUUAGCUUGGGCACUGAGUCUUGGUAUUGGUAUUAUACCGAAGUCAGCUAAUCCAGAACGAGUGAUUGACAACUUUAAGGUAGUUGAUAUGAAGUUGACAAAGGAAGAAAUUGAAAGGAUCACAGAACUGAAUCGGAAUAAGAAUUAUAUAAGAUGUGAUGGCUGGAAUGUGGAUUGAUUUGUUUUCACAUUACAUUUCACUUCACGUUGGUCUUUUUUUAAUGAUCUUGAGAACUGUUUUAUAUCUCUCCAAAUUAUUUUUCUUUUUUUUAUGAAAAAAGUGGCUGUGCUAUAUAUGAGAGAAGUAAUAAAGUCGUGGAUCAGCUCUUUCUUUAGCAUCUGUUCAUUUUCAUAGUCAAGUAUUGAAAUUCAUGUUACUCCUCUGCAUUGAAAGAUGCUGAACUUUUUGUUUUUGGUUGUCUUCUUGCAGCAGAACUGUCUGCUUUUGUAAACUGGUUAGUUUAGGCCAGGUAUUACUAUUUUUAACCAUGUUUAUUUACUUAAAAAGCACUCAGUUUCGGAAAUCGUUUCCCAGCAGUUUCUCUUUCUAUGUUUCGAUUGCAGACACGUGAGGUCGACAACUUCUACUAUUAUGUUAAACUGUUUUCGAAUUAUUAAAUUUACUUUGGUAUUCCAGAUUUCAUCUGCGCAGUAAAUCGCUC